AUGGCCCUACCAGAAGUGCCAGCUUGGGUUGCUAUGUUUAUACCAUAUGACCUUCACCAUAGGCGACGGGGUCAGUUGUGGACACCUAAACCUAACAUAGCAGGGCUAUCGACUCAGUCAAUGACUAACAAGCAAAGGUCUUUAAGAACUCUGUUUGGAAGAGAAAACAACGAAACACCUCACAUAAGCCUACUUCAAAGGACAAGAUUACCUCUGCUGGUUUAUAGUGGUGGACUUUCUGAUUAUCUGCACCAGAGAUGUGAUCUUGAUUGCCUUGUCAACAAUUCCAUUGCCCAAAUAACUGGAGAUUUUUAUGACUGGGGAAACUCCAGAUACAUAGCAAAUGAGCAGAGGCAGGGAAGGUUAGAUUCCACAUCACUUCUCUCUGAGGAACAGUUAAAGUGUCUUCUGGAUGAAUGUACAUUCAAACAAAAAUCCAUCAUUCGACUUUCUUCAGAAAGAGAAAAUAAAGACCUUGAAGAUACAGUACCUGAGUUCCCGCAGCUUUCCAGAACUAUCCUCUCUAAGUUAUUAAAUAGAUCAGAAACAAAUGUACAUAAAACUGAAGUAGAAGAUGCAAAUAUGCUUGAGAGUACAGAAUGUGAAGUUUCUAAAGGCUACUAUCUCACUAAAGCUUUGAGUGGGCAUUACCUGUCAGAAGCUCUUAUCAUUGAAGCAGAGAAUAUGAAAUGCCUCCAAUUUUCCAAGGAUGAGAUAAUUAGUGACACAGAGGACUAUUACAUGUCAAAGACACUUGGCAUUGGGAGACUGAAAAGGCCCUCUUUCUUGGAUGAUCCACUUUAUGGUAUCAAUGUGAACCUUUCCUCCGAAGACCAGCAUCUGCAGCUCAGCCCUCCAGAGAUACCAAAAACGGAUGAACAGGAGACUAAAGAUGCAACAGAAGAAUGUAAAGAGUCUUAAGCAAUGACUUGCUGGGGUAUGCUGUUAAGAAAGUUGGUAAUUAAGUUAAAUUACAUCUUUUUCUUUGAAUUCAGUGAAUGCGUUAUAGAGACCAUUACUCAAAUAAUGAUUUUGACAUUUGGAUUCUCUCUUUGUGGAUUAUAUUUUCUUAAUAUUUUUGAGACUUGGAGUAUAAUUGUACAGUGGUUUUCUUGAUCAGAAUUCUUUGGAAAAAAUGAUAAAUUUUUUUGCUAAUCUUGUAACAUCAGGGUACAUUAUAAAAACCAACAUUUUACUAUAUGCUAUUAUAUUAAAACUGGUUGAGGUGCUUUGAUUGUUCUGUAUUUGAGUUUAUGUUUCAAGUUUACUAUGACUUAGAUUUUGGUCACUAUGAAUGUUCUGACCUCACUUUUCCUUUGGUUUGCCUGUGUCUGUUAAAUAAACACAAUUUGUCAUAGAAGAAAUGAAUUUGCUCAAGAAAGUAACACUAGGAGAGCCUUUGUUAUCUUAUUGCCAUGAAACUUCUUAAGCAGGAGUUUGACUUGAUACCUUUCAGUAUGUAAAUUUCUUUCAGAGUUUGGGCCUGUUAGAAUGCAGCAAAUAAAGAUCAUAAUUAUAAAAAAAAAAAAAAAAAGAAAGAAAAGUCUGUAGUACCAUCUUAAGAGAGAAGGUUGGCCAUAUGGUAUCUGGUUCUCUUAACACACUAAACUAUUGAACUGGCCCUAUAAAUAGCUUUAUUAAGUCUUACAUACACAUGUUCAUCUAUUGAUAUUGGAUAACAUUAAUGAUUACUUACAUUACAUUUCUUUGACUUUUUAAAAAUGAAUUCUAUAGCUACUAUUUGCUGAGAUAUCAAUCGUCUAUUUCUUUUUCCAUCCCAUCUGUUUCAGUUUACUAUUUGUUCUUUGGUUCAGUUAAAAUAAUAAUGAUUCAUGCUGAUGUCAAUAUGCUACGAUGUAAUUUAUCUUGAGGCCAAGAGUUUUGCUGUGGAUGUCAGCAGAAGUGAAAGGUCAUGAUUCUGUAUUCUCAUAGGAACGACAUGUGGCACAUCUGUGUGUUUUAGGGUUUGGAUGGGAGCAAUCAGAGGUCAGAGGUGAUACAGGUGAGAAUUUGGACUGGGAUGAGAAGAGUCAUCAGCCUUUCAGAGAAGCUCAGCUUUCUAAACCUUUACUUUCCUGGUGUUUGAUGUUCUGCAUAUGAGAAAGAGAGAAAGAGACAGAGACAUAGUGACAAAAAGAAAUGGAGAGAAGGGGAGAGGAAUAUAAGAAAGAUAAAGACUGAAGGAAACAGAAGAAAUUAUUUUUAGUCUAGCACUGCAAAGGGAUUAUGACCUGGUAGUGUGCUUCUGCAAAUGUAUUUGAGGCAUAGCAAGACUUUUUAUUACAGUUUAGGUAAAGGGACAGAAAACAGUGAUUUUAAGUAAUGAAUUCUGUCAUUAAAAGAGGUGACACUAUCUUAUAACUUGUCAA